AUGGCAGCACAGAACUCAUGGCCUAUCUUCCAGCUAGAUGUGAAGUUUGCGUUUUUACAUGAAGUAGCACAAUCUAGUGUCGGAAUAUUUAUUUCACAGAAGAAAUAUGUUCAAGAGAUCUUAGACAGGUUUGAGAUGAAAGAUUGCAAUUCAGUUUAUACACCAAUUGAAAUUGGUUUGAAACUAAUAAAGAAUUUUGAAGAGAAGAAGGUUGAUCAAACUCUUUACAAACAGAUUGUAGGAAGUCUGAUGUAUUUGACAGCGACUAGGCCAUACAUACAACAUGCAAUUGUCACUCUGUCAACCACCGAAGUUGAGUUUAUUGCAGCAACCGCCUGCAGUUGUCAAGCUAUUUGGUUGAGGAGGAUACUUGAAGAAUUACGUGGUUUGAAAGAUGGUCAAACUCCUGUUUAUUGUGAUAACAGUUCAGCAAUCAAGUUGUCCAAGAAUCCAGUUUUACAUGGCAGAAGAAAACACAUUGAUCUUCUCUACCAUUUCCUAUAUAACCUCACAAAGGAUGGAAUAAUUGAUCUAAUCUACUGCAUAAGUGAAGAUCAGGUAGCUGAUAUUCUAACCAAGCCUCUCAAAUUACCGGUGUUCUCGAAGCUAAGGAGAUUGUUAGGAGUUUGCUCUGUGAAAAAUAUUGCUUGA